CGCGUCGCGUUUCCUGAUUGGCUGAGCCUCUUGGGCGCAGUCCCGGACGGAUCCUGGAGAGUGUUGUUGCGGUAGAAGCUGGGAGAACCGCGGAGAUGCCUUGGGUGUAACGGUGUUUUGGGCGAGAAAGACGCUUCCGUCUACUGUCACCCACGUGGACACCCCGGCACCGAGAGAAAUGUCUGAGCUUAUGUGCGCCCUGAUCCGAGCGUCUGAGAAAGCGGCGAACAUCGCCCGCUCGUGCCGCCAAGAGGAGGCGCUGUUCAGCCUGCUCAUCGAGGAGAAGAAGGAAGGCGAGAAGAACAAGAAGUUUGUCACCGAUUUCAAGACGCUUGCGGAUGUCCUCGUGCAGGAGGUUAUCAAGCAUGACAUCGGGAAAGAGUUCCCAGGUCUUGAAAACCACAUCCUUGGAGAGGAGUCAAAUGAAUUCACAAAUGGCCUGGGGGACACUAUACGGGUGAAGGUGUGCGACACAGAACAGGACACAGAGGCACUGCUUGGCACGGUUUUGGGUGGGAAUGGUGAGGCAGCCCGUUCCCUUGCAUCUGCCGCACAUUUGGACGUGGCUGUCAGCAAUCUGGGGAUUGCAGCUGUCAAGAUUCCCCUGGACAACCUUGGCGUAUGGGUAGACCCCAUAGAUUCCACAUUCCAGUACAUCAAGGGAGUGGGAGACUCGGUGCCAACUGGGGGAGUGUAUAGCCAGGGUCUGCAGUGUGUCACCGUGCUCAUCGGGGUCUAUAACCGGAACUCUGGCACUCCUGUGAUGGGCGUCAUCAACCAGCCCUUUGCCUCUCUGGAUGAUGCUACCCAAAGAUGGACUGGUCAAUACUAUUGGGGGAUAUCGUCAGGCUCAUAUAACAUCAACUCCCUUCAGCUGUCGACAGACUCUGCAGUGCAGCCACCUGAUCAGCAGGUGGCACCACUGUCUGUGGUUCUCAGCACCGGAGAGGCGGCAAGCGUGAAGGAGGCGAUCCUUCAAGUUUGUGGUGGCCGGCCACACUACGCAGCAGGCGCUGGUUACAAGAGCCUGUGUGUGGUACUGGGCCUGGUGGACCUGUACGUUUUCUCGGAGGAUACCACCUUCAGGUGGGACUGCUGCUCCCCACAUGCCAUCCUGCGCUCCAUGGGUGGUGGCAUGGCUGAUCUGCAGGAGUGCCUGAGGGCGCGGCGGGAGGGGAGGCCAGAGAAGCAGCCCGAGCUGCUGUACAGCCAGCCUGUACCUGGGGCCACAGGGCCUGAUAGGUGGGCAAACAAGGGUGGGCUCAUCGCAUACCGCUCUCAGGCCCACCUGCAGGCAGUUCUGGAGGUUCUGGCACCUCUCUCACUGUAGACAACAUGGUCAGACUGCAGCAAGUGGUUUCCUCUCACCAGUGAGUCAUGUUUUGGACCUUUCAUACACUGGCCUUUUGAAAGGGGCUUGCUUUUAAUGAAAUGUUUUCUACAAUCAGGAUAAGGUGUUUAUUUACACAAAUUGGUGUUCAGGGAAUGGCUUUUAAAAAGAAAUUAUACAUUUUUAAGGAAGAAAUGUUCAUUAUAUUAAUAAUAAGAUACUUGACUGAAUGUUAAGUCUUGAGUUUGGAAGCGGCUUUUGAGGCAGAGUCAGGGGUGUAUGUAGUCCUUCCCACUUCCUGGUGCUGCCUGUGUCACAUGGUGUUCUGUCCUGUGAAACCUGACACCGUGUAUUUAAAUAAACCAAGCGUAACUGUCGAUUUCCGUUUCAGCGAGCACUUCCUGUGCUCUCUUCUGACUUCCUGCGCAUGCAGGGCCCUUAAGUUUGCAUCGAUUCAACUGACAUGAAACACUGGGUCUAGUUCUGCCCCGUCAUGCUGUGAAGACCUCAGGCAUCUGACAGAAACGGCUAAUUGCUCUGCCCGUACUAAGCUGCAUUGUGUUUCAGAGACAGCAGAUGCUAUAAUGGUUAAGGACAGAGGUCGAACCCAGACAGUUUUCACCUUCUGUUGUAUGACCCAUGGGCAAAGUACUUGGAGAUUGCUGAGGUACCUGAAAGUCCAUCAAAAAUAAGAUACAUGUUCCAUGUAAACUAAAUUUGCAAAGUUUUGUUUGUAGAGUGUGCAUAUUUUACGAUCAUAUUCUUGCUUAAAUAUGGAUUUUAAACCAGAUAUUUUGCUCAAAAAGAGCCCAUAUUCAUUUCCAUAAUAUCUGUUCAGAAUGAGAAGGAAAAAAGGCCUUGAAUUGACUGUGUUGUGUAGAAUGUAUAAUGUGUAGAAUGUUCUUAAACUGGAUUGACAUAGUGUCAUUAGUGGGAGUGGUUUAGGAAACAGAGUGAGGAUGUAAAACUCCACUCAUUUCUCCCUAAAACCCGUGUGAAGGUUGCUUGGGAAAUUGAUCUUAUGAGGGCAACAUAGGUCUGGAAUCUGCAGAUGAUCCCCAUGACGGUGGUCACCACCAAGAAGCUGCCCCAGUGCCAGUCAGAAAUCAGUCUGCUGUGGUGAUUCCCUGCCUGACCUUCAAAAAAAGCCUUAUAUGUUUUUUUUUGUUUUUUUAACCAUGCUUCUAACCAUGCUUUUUUGUGCUGCAAUUGUUAACAUAUUAGAUGAGUAUUCAUGCAAGUAUAGGAUAUAUGGUAUAAUAUAUUCAGAUAUGUUACUGAGCAGGUAAACUUAAGUUUUAAUGAUGCAGUGUGUUAUUCUGUUGUAUUCUGUUGAUGUUUUCAAAAAUUGCAGCGCCUAAAUGUAACUGUUCAACGAGGACACAUCUGAUAUUUACACGCAUAAUCCCGUGCAUUACAGUGUCUCCCUUAAACAAAGCAUAAAUACAUGGAUAAUGUAAAUUUUUACACGAAUUUAGAAUUCUGAUUACUGAACACAUUUUUUCUGACUGACUUAAUGUAAUUGUAUUAAAACAUGAUUUAUUCCAGACAUUUAAAAUUGAAUUGUAUUAAAUUCUAUUAUGUAUUUGUCGAAACUUUUAUAUUUUAACGAAUUUUAAUCUGUAUACCCGUAUACAUUUAAACGGAUUACCUUUUACCAGUAUUAUGAAUUACCUAUGUGUUAGACCUAUAUUUAGCGUACAUGUAAAAAAAUAUAUAGAGAGAAAUAAAACGUUUAAAAAUA